CUCUUCCGGGUUUCCCCGUCAGCCUGCCGGUCGGGUCUGACGGCUAUUUCCGGCCAUAGUUCGGUGCGGGGCGAGCGGGUCUUAACUCCUCGUCAUGUCCUACGGCCCCUUAGACAUGUACCGGAACCCGGGGCCCUCGGGGCCCCAGCUCCGGGACUUCAACAGCAUCAUCCAAACGUGCAGCGGCAACAUACAGCGGAUCAGCCAAGCCACUGCUCAGAUUAAGAAUUUGAUGAGCCAACUAGGAACUAAGCAGGACUCAAGCAAGCUACAGGAAAAUCUGCAACAGUUACAACACUCUACAAAUCAGCUUGCCAAGGAUACAAAUGAAUUGCUGAAGGAAUUAGGGUCUUUGCCCCUUCCCUUAUCUACUUCAGAACAGCGCCAGCAGAAACUUCAGAAGGAACGCCUCAUGAAUGACUUCUCUGCAGCCUUAAACAGUUUCCAGGCUGUGCAGAGAAGGGUAUCGGAAAAGGAAAAGGAGAGUAUUGCCAGAGCAAGAGCUGGAUCUCGUCUUUCUGCAGAGGAGAGGCAAAGAGAGGAGCAGCUUGUCUCAUUUGGCAGCCAUGAGGAAUGGAACCAGAUGCAGAGCCAGGAAGAUGAGGUGGCCAUCACGGAGCAGGAUCUGGAACUUAUUAAAGAGAGGGAAACGGCAAUUCGGCAGCUGGAGGCUGAUAUAUUGGAUGUCAAUCAGAUAUUUAAAGAUCUGGCAAUGAUGAUCCAUGACCAAGGUGAUCUGAUUGAUAGCAUAGAAGCCAAUGUGGAAAGCUCGGAGGUGCAUGUUGAAAGAGCUGUUGAUCAGUUACAGCGAGCUGCUUACUAUCAGAAAAAAUCUCACAAGAAGAUCUGUAUCCUGGUGCUUGUCCUGUUAGUGAUUAUUGUAAUCUUGGGACUUAUUAUCUGGCAAGCUUCUAAAUGAAGUGCUUGCCUCAGAACCUUCUCCCACUGAGCUGUUUUCAAGGGCAAGGGCUUGUUGGAGUCUUGCCAGAACAAACUGAUUACAAGAAGAGAUCAUACACCAGAACGUCCUGUAGUAAUUUAGUUAGAAACUAACUACUAACUAGUCCUUGGAAUUAGUGAUCUAUGGAGACAGUAUUUAUCAAUUUAUGUAUACAUUUUAUUGACUUCUAAAUUUGGAAUUAAUUUAUGUGGAUGUUGCUUUCUCUUGUAUUCUUAUUGCCCUUUGUCCUAAGUGUUUACUGAAGAUUCCAUUCUAGACAUUCGUUUUGACAGGUGACACUACAGUCUUGUAAUAUUGUCUUUUUAUGUGUAUACCAGAUUUAUUUUUUACUAGCAAUUGAGAUAGAAUUACUUUCUGGCACAGGGCAUAUUGGAGCCUGUCAAAAACUGUAUAAUAAGCCAACAGUUUUUAUUAUUUAACAUUUUAAUUUGAAUUUCUAAGAGGCCUAUUCUCUAUCUGCUUUGAAAGAUUUUGGCACUGUAUUUAACUGAAAGUAAAAAUUUGCACACAUAAUCUAGAUUAAGUGAGAAGUAUCUAUUUGAGCUGGUCAGUUGUUGUGGUACACAUUCCUAGACUGGGUUUAAGGUUCACUUUAUUGUCUGCUAGGGUCAUCCACAGCAGUUCAUCCUUAUACACACUAAGCUAUCUUAUUUUUUUGAAGAAGUUAAUUUAAUUAACAUUACUAUACUUUGGUAAACUCUGUGGUACACUCCUUCUCCCACCCAUCUGUAUAGAAAGGGAGAAUUAGACAAAGCAUGUUUUUGGAAAAGCAGAUGGAAAUUGUUUGAAAUGAUUUAAUCUUUUUAUUGUUGUUGUUCACUUGUGGUUCUACAUUCCUGGUGAAUAAUGAAUGCUGCUUUCAGAAAGCUGCCCUCUACCCCAUAAGGGUUGCUGGGCAUUUGAUGGGAGGAAGAUUUUAAAAGCUAGACUGAAGUUGGUUUAAAAUGUACUCCUGUGAACCUGGCUAUAAAGCAAUGAAAAGGUUCUUUUUUUUGUAAAUAAUACUGGUUUGGAAUAGUGAUGUUAGACUUAUCCUAAUUUAUGAACAAGAGAUUAAUCUCUCCAUGCAUAGUUUUAGACAAAAAAAUGUUUCAAUAAAAGAUUGCUGUCUUGUAAUAUUUCUUCCACUUCCCUUUUUUCACAGGCUUAGAGCAGUUAAAGGGAACACAGUUUCUUUAGGAUCUCAUAUAAAUGUGAAUCAGGCCAACUAUUUCAGAUCAUCCUUUAGUGAAUUAGAGGACUUGACUACCCUGGGUAUAUUUAUAUUCCUUUGUUCCAUUUCACUUAAUGUUACUUUAUCUUCUUUUAUAAACUAAUGUGAACAGUAGGGAAAUAAGAGCCCAAAUGCAUAAGUUUCUUUGCACUCUUGCACCAUUCUACCCAAUUAAUACAAAUAAACAUUUUAAAAGCUUUUGUAGUAUAAGUUUUUAUGAGUUAACAUCUUAAUGAGGUAGAUAUUAGGUAAUGUUCCUCCUGAGAAAAACUGAAACCUGCCACACUCUGUAGGAGCAAGACUGGAGGGAUCAGUUGAUGGUUGGUUUGGAGGAUGGAAUAGGUGUGGCUGUAUCCUUUUCUUGCAAAUACAGGAUGGAAUUUUUGGUCCAAGUGGCCCAAGCAGCAACUUCAGAGCUAAUUCCUUGGUUCUAUGAUAACUGCCCCUUCAAUUCCAAAUUAUAGCUGAAUUUGGAUACAUCAUUUGUAAUAUUCCAGAAAAGAAAAAAAAAAUGUCAUUGUGAAAACUAUUUGAAUUUGGGUAAAACAACCAUAGUUCUAUUCUGUAAUACUAGUUGUAGUGAUGAUGGUCAUGGGUAACAAAGAUGAACUUGGCCUAGGAUUUGUGAUAGUUGCCAAAGAUUCUGCUAGAUGGUCCUAAUAAACCUAUUCACAGAAUCCUCCC